AUAAUUAUUUCACGGUUAACUGAAAAAAUCCAAUCCUCCGCCGAACGGUCGCCGUCGAAGAGGAGAGACGAUGAACAACUCCACCAGAAUCCUCUCCCUCUUUUCUCCUCCUCCCCCUAUCUUACGUGGCCUCUUCAUCAGCCGCUUAACCAAUCUCCGCUGUCUCCACCGUCUCGCCUCUGCUCCUUCCUCCGUUGACUCGUCCCAUCGACGUUCUCCGUUGUCUUUUCCGCCGCUUAUCUCUACGAUACCUAUCGCGCGGUUCCAUACUCACCGAGUUCGCGUCUCCGCCUCCGAUUCUGUUCCUUCUUAUCACCACCAGCUGCCUGAAUGGGCGGAGCUGAUCAAGUCUCUCUCCAAAGCUGGCUACUUUACAGAUUCCGCGCCAAGUUCCGGUUUUGAAAACGAGUUCUUUCCCGGUUUACCGGAAGAGUUUCUCCUUCGUCCAGUGAUUGCUUGCUUGGCUCUAGCUCGUGAUCGACCCGAGUUGCUUGAAAUGGUUUCGAGGAGAGAUGUUCAAGUGGUGGUGGAGAAUGUGAAGCCGUUCUUGUUUAGGACAGGUCCUGAUUCUCUCAAAAGGAUGAGCCUUUACCUUACAAGUGGUCGUCAGGGCAUUGGUAAGGUAGUGGAUAUGGAUAAGGCGAGUACAUUGGAUUUGAUGAGGCUUAUUUUGAGUUAUGUUGUGGAUUUUGCUUCUUCUGAGGGAAUCAAACACCAUGACCGAGAGAUCAUGGAGUCGUCGGUUCGAAACCUUUUGAGCGAGAUAGCAAAGAUGAGCUUUCGUACUCCUGAGUCGAACGGCGCAAUGCAAAAUAAGUUCUCGGAGAGAAAUGGAGGUUCAUUUCAGAAGAACGUUGAGAUGAAACGAGGUGACUGGAUUUGCUCGAGGUGCAGUGGCAUGAACUUUGCGAGAAAUGUCAAAUGCUUCCAGUGUGAUGAAGCAAGACCAAAGAGACAGCUAACUGGUAGCGAAUGGGAGUGUCCUCAAUGCGAUUUUUACAAUUAUGGGAGGAACAUAGCGUGCUUAAGAUGCGACUGCAAGAGACCCAGGGACUUCUCACUCAAUUCAGCUAACUCUGGCUCUGCUCACUCGAAGGAUCCUGAACUUGAGAGAAGACUGGUGGAAAAUGAAGAGAAAGCACAGAGGUGGUUUAGUAAACUAGCGCAGGGUGGUGGUUCUGAUGCAAACAGUGUUGAUACAGAUGAAGAUUUCCCAGAGAUUAUGCCUUUGAGGAAAGGAGUGAAUAGAUAUGUUGUUAACACGAGAAAGACACCUCUUGAGAGAAGGUUGGCUAAUACUGAGACAGAUGGAACUAAAACGAAUAGGAGCUUGAAUGAGAUUCUCGGUUCUUCGUCCUCUUCGGCUUCUUCCACGAGGUUUGAAUCCUCUCAGGUAGUUAACUCUGAUUUUGUCCCGUUCGUGCCACUACCUUCCGAUAUGUUUGCCAAGAAGCCUGACAAGGAGGACACACAGAUAGGUCUGACCGCCAGCUACCAGAUGGGCGGUGUCUCAGAGGACGUUGGAGGCGUCUACAAAGAGGACAAGUCAAAUGCAAGUGUUUAUGGCGAAGAAAGAGAUGAGAAAGAAUCAGAUUGGUUAAAGAAGAUCACAGAACUGCACAAGGUUUCUGAUCCUGAAAGCUCAAUACCGGAAGAGAAUUCUCCUGAGAAAAUGCCAAUGCGUAUAGGAGAGAAUCAGUAUGCGGUUAGCAGGAAGAAAGACCGUUCACUGCCUUCUCCAGCAAACAAGAGAUGAAUGUCCAUUGAGACAAAAGACUCAGACUUUGCCCCUUUUGUGCCCUUCCCACCUGACCACUUCGCCAAACACAAACAGCCAGAGGAAACAACUACAACAGCACAUACUAUUCCAGCUCCGGCAACAACAAAAUACCCUUCUCAGGUAGUGCAAGAACAACCAAGAGAACCAACGGCAGAGAAGAUAAGAAAUGGAAAGAGUUUGGAGGGUUCGUUAGUGAAGGAGCCUGACUUGUUGGACAUGUCGGAGGAAGCUAAAGCAGAGAGAUGGUUUAAACGAGUGGCUGAGAUUAAGAACAUAUCAGAGCUAAGUCAGAUCCCUGACGAAGAUUUCCCGUCGAUUAUGCCAAUGAGGAAAGGAGUGAAUAGGUUUGUCGUCAGCAAAAGAAAAACUCCACUAGAACGGCGUUUAGCUUCUCAACGCCAGCAGAGAGAUCCUCCUCCGAUCACCGAUUCCGAUCCAGCUAGUAACAGAGAUACAUGA